AUGGCCGCAACCAAAACCGUUCAGGUCCCCCAUCUCGGCGGCAUCAAGGCCGGUUACGCCUUCUCCAACGAUAGCUAUGACCCCGCCAAACCGACAUGCGUUCUCAUCAACUCCAUGUGCAUGACCGUCUCGCUCUACCGGGAUCAGUUCAACAGCAGCCGCCUGACGGAUGCGAUGAACUUGCUAGCCAUUGAGCCUCUUGGCCAUGGCUCGACCAGCUCCCCCUCCGAGCAUUUCACCUACUGGGAUACGGCGAUCAUGGCAUUACAGGUGAUGGAUCACUUCGGCAUUCAGAAGGCGUUUGCUCUGGGAACGAGUCAGGGAGGUUGGAUGGUGACCCGCAUGGCCUUACUGGCACCGGAGAGGAUUCUCGGCCUCAUGCCUCUCGGUACCUCCAUGGACUCCGAGUCGGAAGACUCGCGAUCCAAGGGAUGUUGGGAUCCUACGCCCAUUCUCAAGCCCUUCUACGAGAAGUGGACAAGCCCUUCGUCUACCCCAGAAUUUGUCAUAGAUGAUGCGUGGUGCGGCAUGGUGGGCGGCUUCGGUUUCGGAGCGGCGGCGACGACCGAGUCCAGCGAGUUCUGGACCAAAACCGUGAAAGAGGUGUACCAAGGUGACGAGGGCCGAAGAAAGGCGCGGAUGGCAGUACUUUGUCUGUUGGAGAGGGACGGGCUGUUGCUGCGACUGAGAGACAUCCAAUGCCCUGUCUACUGGUUACAGGGAACGGAAGACACGCCAUUUGGAAAGACCGUCCCAAGCGAACAAAUACAACUUUUCACCUCGUCCAAGGAGGCCAAACUGGUCAUGAUCGAAGGGGGAGCACAUUAUCUCAACGCUACCCACCCGGACCAAAUCAACGAGGCCCUAUUGGACCUCGUCACCAAAUAUACCCCGUAA